AUGCAGGAACAUGAACAAGGCACCAAUCCUCUCAGGGAACUGCUGGACUCUGAGCCAACAGCUCUAGAUGGUUUCUUGAGCUACGAAUACGGCCUUUGCAGCCCUCGUCCUUUGGAUCAACUCGAGGGUAUCUAUGCUUUGUGGGAGGAAUGGGCCGAGCAUUUGCCCUCCCUGUAUCAAACAGGAGCCUACCGUGAUUACUUUGACGGCCAACCAGUGCUGACCACUGAAAAUCUCAACGACGCAGAUCUUCUUCGUGCCAAUCAAAUCUUGGGCUUGGCGGCUCAUGCGACUGUCCACUUUUCAAAGAUGGCCAACCCCGGCGAUCAACGCCACAAACGACAAAAUCUUCAGCAGAAGAAGCUUGAAGGUGAAUCUCCAGGAGCCUGGGUUUCGGCGCGACCUGCCAAAACCCAGCCUCACGGAAUGCAAGGAACGCCCUCCAAGUGCCCAUUUGCACCUCCCGCUGUCCACAAGAGUGAUACUCACCGGCAGCAAUGCUCCGAUCCGACGGAUAAUGUCAAGGGCAAAAAUGGAUGCAUCAUCCCUGCUGCGAUAUUCCAGCCAUGGAAAGAGGUGAAUCUACGCUUGGGCCGUCCCAAGCCGACCUUCACUUACUAUGACUACUUUACCUUGAAUGUGGUUCACAAGAAUGAUGCUCCUAGAACCACCUGCUGGGAACCAGACGGGGACAGAGCUCCCCAACGAACCUACUCCAAGGUAUCCUGUGAUGUCCGAGUCUUUGGUGACUACACGGAAAACAUUUUCGUCGUAGUAAACCACGAUAUGGAGUAUCAGACCACACCCCUGAUUGGCCUUUGCUGUGAUGCUGUCGACUAUGUCCUUGCCCGAAAUGAUGAGGGCUUGGCCAGUGUGUUGCUUCAAAUGGGCGAGGUCGUCAAGAAAGUCACUUACGCGUUUCUACAAGCCAUACCAAACGCAAACUCUGAACGCUUUGUGGACCCUGUGGGUUGGUCCAAGUCGAUCGGAAUGCUGAUCCCUCCCAUUUUGGAGGGAGAGUUCAGCAUGAGUGGAUUGCAGUCCAGCUUUGUACAUCUGAUGGAUGUCUUGCUAGGACGUUAUUGUUACAAUGGCGAAAUCGGCGGCCUUGCCAUGAACGAGCGCCCAUGGCUCCCCUUUCUUCACCAAGAGUUCUUCCGUCGCCUUGGCAUAUGCUCGGUGCGAAAGUAUGUUUGCCAAAGCCAAUCGAGAGCACUCCGCAGCAGUUUUGAUCGUUUGGUGCGAUUGUUUGCAUCUGAACAGGGCUUUCUUGGAGUGCAUCGUAUCAAGACGAUGGGUUUCUUGGAGCUCGGCGUCAAAACCGGACGCACGGAGAGUAGUGGCCAGACGGCCCAAACUACUACCGAUGUCGGCUGGCAAGCGAGAGUUUGGCGUAAGGUCAACGAAGAUCUUUACCAAGGCAUCGAGGAGCGAAUGAACUUGCAAACGAAUGUCUCUUCGAAUGGCUUCACCGAGGCCUUCGUGCAAAACAUCGAAGAGAUUGGAGUGGUCCCUGGUAGUGAAUCUUAUCGUGUCACAUUCAACAUUGCAGGUGCCGGCAUGACCUACAGAGCGGGGGAUCGCUUGGAAAUUAUGCCAGCAAACGGACCCGAGAUCAUCGGCCGCAUGUUAAAGGCAAUGCGUGUGAGUUCUAUGGAUCUGGCAGACUCCAACCUUCUGGUCACAGUCGACACGGAUGAAUGGAAAGAGGCCGUCGCCAAGAGCUAUGAAAAGAUCACAGCCCAGAGCUUCCCAAUUGCUGCUCUGCUUCGCAUCAUGCACCUACGACCUCUCACAAAGACAGUCUUUGACUCAGUCUGCGCAGCUGCAGGCAUGUCUGGCCACAGUCUCGUCGAAAGAGAACUUCGACAGGGGAAGAUCCAUGAUGUCCCCGAGCUCAUUGAGCUACUCCGUGACAUGCAGCCUGAAGGAGCCUUGUCAAGCGAGGCCAUACAUGAGCUACCAAGCAAGCUAUGCUCGAUUCUCCCUCCGCUUCGUCCCCGCCUCUACUCCAUUGCCAACUCGCCUCCGCCAAUGACUUCUCCAUCGAUCGUUUCCAUUGUCAUUUCGAGGCUCUGGUUCGAAGCGGAUAGCCUCGCGUCCGGUCGGGGUAGCCUAGUCUUUGAUGGCUGGUCGAUGAACCCAUCCGUGCAACUGCAACUCGAUGACAUGGACGACGAUAGCGAGACGCUUGAUAUCAGUGAGACCAGUGAUCAUAUGGAUUCAAGUUUCGUCGGCAUGCGCUCCCGCAGAAGCGGCAGGGCUAGCAUGGUGGUCUGUGACACCAAAGGCAAGAACGAUAUGGAUGGCAGCUUCGUGCGGUCCAAUCAUCUUCGGUCCAGCACGGUCCAGGACAAUGGCCGAGGCAAGAGAGGUUCAACAGUUAGACACAUGGGCGUCUGCACCUCCUUCCUUUUGAACCACUCCCUCUACCGAUAUGUCCCCAUCAAGGCGAUCGAAGACGAAAGCUUCCAUUUGCCGCCCGGGGAUGACAAGAAUCCCUUGGUGCUGGUUGCGCUGGGAUCCGGUGCUGCUCCAAUGUUCGCUUUCCUCGAAGAACUCCUAGACAGGGGGAAAAAUGACUGCCCCGGUCAAAUCUACUUCUAUUGGGGCCUGAGAUAUUCGAGGAAUCUGUUUGGAGUGCCUUUGCUUGAGCGAGCUAUGGAGGAACUCGGAGUCCAAGUUUUCAUUUCCUUCUCAGGGGAGAUGAAGGCCGCGAAUACUGAUGAGGGAAGGAUUCGGAUUGUUACGGGUAGAAAGGAAAGAAUCACGACGGCCAUGAAGAGGGGAACAUCUGCCAUAAUGCUUGCCAGGUUGACGGUGCUCAAAGGCAACCUGUUCCUUUGCGGGCAUCCCAUGCUGGAUACCUCGAUGCGAUCUGUCCUUGAGACGGUAGUGUGCACCACGCUUGGGUACUCGCCCAAGCAGAGCUCCGCCAAGUAUGAGCUGAUGAUGGCGGAGCAACGCAUCAGGACAGACUGCUUUUACUCUGGAUCCGUACACGACCCGUCGCUUCCUGCAAUUUCCUACGCGGAGGUUGCAAAGCACAAUUCGAUGGACGACCUUUGGUGGGUCUACAAGGACCAUGUGUACGAUGUUACUUCCUAUUUGCGGCUGCAUCCUGGUGGCACCAAGAUCCUCUUUGAUAAAGGUGGCCGCGAUGCGACGGAAGAUUUUGUGGUAGCUCAUGGGCCUCACAAUUUGCGAGUGGAAUCAGCCAUGAUUCCCUACCGCAUCGGGAAUUUGCACACACCCCAAAUCGAAGCAUACGCUGAUAAGAAGGCUUACGGGAACGUGGUAAAGUUUCUCCACAAGAUUUGCGAGAUUCGCAAUGUUUUCUUCUUGGAUGCAAACAUUUUCCCUGGUCAGCAGGAAGCAAGUGGAAUAGCCCAUUCUGUGUCAAUGCGCUUCAAGACUCACGAGAAGUUUAUCACAUCGACACUUCCCAUGCUUGAACGGGCAGCCAUCGAACUUUGCAGCAGUCUUGAAAAGGAGAUCCCUUGCUCGAGGUUGAUUCGCAUGCGACGCACGAUCCCGACAAGGCUCACUAAGCUUGCGACCAAGCAGCUGAAGCCACUUCUCACCAAGGGGUCCUCAUCUGGCAAUCUGUGCUACGUCGCCACGGAGCUGUGUAGAAUUGAAAUGGAUUUCAUGGACCAGUUUCACAAGAUGGUUGUGGAUUUCGUUUCGUCAAUUGAAAACCAGUUGGAAAUGGACUGCCAUGACGAGCGCCCAGAUGCACAGUUUGCGCAUCUCCAAGCGGUAUGUGAUCACACAGCGCGAUUGGUAGCUUCACGGUUGGCAGCUGCGAGCGCUGUUCCACCAGAGGAGAAGGCUGAAGUGGAGAAUGUCAAGUCCGCCUUGAUGGGAAAGGGCAUGGUGUGGAAAGACUUGGUACCAUAUCUCGAUGCAUCGAGCCUUUGCCGCCUCGACCUGAACUUGGACGAUUAUGUGCUCAGGGCCGAUGACAGCCAGAGCUGCGUAUACUUUGUUCAAUCGGGAAUCGUUGGCAUCGAGGGUGGCGGAGAAUUGGGAGCGGGCGCAGUGUUUGGCGCCUUGUCAGAAGCGCUGGCGGCGACUUCGAACAAGUACUCUCUCGGAAACGGAUUGAUGAUGAAUUCAGUCAAAGUGAUCAGCGAGACAUGCCGCGUCUUGGUCCUUCCUGCGACGGAAGUUGCUGUGCUGAAGCGUCGAAAGGAGGAAGACCCGGCUCAUUCUUCGGGAACAUCCUCCGAGUUUUGGCAGCGACUGAAGCUGAGGAUUCGAAUGAUCGGUGUCAUGGGCACCAUGCUGCGCACAACAGUUAUUCGUCAAAGCAGCAUCUCCUCCUUUUUGUCAGAAGAUGCAUGUCACAAGCUUGCUCGCAACUGCAAAGAAAUUGCUGUGGACGCGGGCUGCACAUUGCGAGAUAUUGGAGACAAGGCCGAUGUGUGCUGGAUUCUCAUUGAGGGUUCUGUGGAUAUCGUCGAAGAGGACAAGGUGUUGUUUACCUACAACCGAUACGGCCAGCUCUUCGGCGAGAAAGCAUCCACGUCUUUGGCUGAAGAGCAGUUGAUGAAGAAAGCAAACUUGGUGGCAGCCGAAAGAACUCGGCUGCUCCUUAUCUCGGAAGAUGCAAUGACAGUCUGGUGUGGUCCUUUGCAGCAUCAACGGAUGGCCCUGGGAUGGCUUCGUGAGCAGCUGUCAUCGCAUGAAUUCUUCUCCAGUAGAAUCCCUGAGGCAAGCAUGUAUGCCUUGGAACGGGAGUUUCGCCAGGUCAAGGUCAGAUCCGGCGAGACUCUUUUUGAACGAGGCGAGGCUGGCGACUCUUGUUACGUGGUUGUUUCGGGCCUUCUCCGUCUCAGCAGCCCAAGCAUUAGAGACACAGACGUGAAUGUACGCGACUUCGCGGGCGUCGAUCAGCUGGCUGAGCGAACUUCCCGCGCGCCCUUGCGGUCUGCCAACUGCCUUUGUGUGAAGGAGGCAGUCUGCUGGACUCUGAAUCGAAACACUCUAGAAAAGGUGCUUGGCCAAGGCCUAAAGAAAUACGGCUUGGUCUCAGACGAGGCGGAUUGGGAAACUGCAACCGAAGCGUCGGAGUCUGCAGAAAGCGAUCUGAGCGGGCCCCACAAUCUCAGUAGGCCCCAAAGCAUCAACUCUCUCGUCGACGACAGGCCAGUAUCAUUAUGGGGAAAAGCCCCCCAAAAGGCUGAAGUCUCCGUUUGA